UGUCAUUUCGCAUCCACUUGUCAGUGUUGAUGUUUGUGUAGAAGAGAAAUUUUUAUUUUUCUUUUUUUUAAUUCGGAGGAAAAAGUUGAAAAUUUGCAAAAUUUAUCAUUAUUUUACGCAUCAUUUAAAUUUGUUAUUCAUCCACGUGACGUUGAUAAGUGAUUUCUAUAUUAACAUUAUUUAUUCAAAAAAAAUAUAGAUUUGGGCUAAAGUUAAUAAAGUCACCCAACGAAAUACAGUAAAGUUUAAAAGAAUUACCCCCAAGAAGAAUAUCGAAGCAAAUUUCAUAUAAAAGUGCAAUAGGAUUGUGCUUUAAAAUAAAGUGCGUUGUAUAAUCUCCCACCAAAUCAAAGAAAAUCAAUCAAAAUUUAUCAAAUGGAAGAAUUCGUGAUGGAGGUCCUCCUGGACGAAUGCCAGGAGGCCUUUCCUGAUCAAAAAAUCCCCGGAAAUAUCCUAACAAAGAUUUACUAUGGGGCCAAAAUGGAUUUGGCCAAAACACUAGUUGCAGCUUUGAAUGAUUUGCCAUCUAGAGAAAUGUGCAAUUAUCUUUUGAAUGUGAAAUUUGAAGAAAAAGAUGGCCAAUCCGUCACACCACUCGUAUUGGCAGCAAAAUCUGGCAACACAAAUUUUGUUCGAACCCUUUUGUCACAUUAUGAUUUAGAUACAGAAAUCGAAUGCAAUGUAAUAUUUGAUGGCAUUGUAGUCUAUGGAGCCACAGCACUAUGGGUAGCAGCUGGAAUGGGCCACUUGAAUAUUGUUAAGUUCUUAGUGCAAAAAGGGGCUGAUUUAAAUCAUAAAACAAAAGCACAUUCUUCACCAUUGCGAGCUGCUUGUUAUGAAGGAAGGCUUGAUAUUGUUAGAUAUUUAAUUGAACAUGGAGCUGAUGUUAAUUUGGCUAAUACCUGGAAUAAUACUUGCAUUAUGAUUGCAGCUUAUAAAGGUCACUUACUUGUUGUUGAUACUCUUUUGAAAAAAGGCGCUGAUCCUAAUGAAAAAGCCCUCUGUGGUGGAACGGCUCUUCAUUAUGCUGCUGAAUGUGGUUAUUUGGAAAUAUGCCAACUGCUUCUUGACCAUGGGGCUAAAAUACAGAAAAAUGAAGAUGGCUUGACACCAGUUCUACAUGCCGCUGAGCGGUCACAUGAAAAUAUUGUUGAAAUGUUCAUCAAUCGACCAGGUUUAAUGAAUAAAGAAGAAAAAAUCGAAGCUUUAGAACUGAUGGGAGCAUCAUUUGCUAACGAUAAGGAUAACUACAGUGUUGUAAAAGCCUUCCAGUACAUGAUGAAUGGCAUGGAACUUCGUUUUCAGGAUCCAGAUAAUAUAAUCCGAAAACGGACAAUACAGCCUGUUCCUGCUUAUGACAAUUGGAUAGAAACCGAAACAAUUGAAGAUCUUCAAGCUAUUAGACUGAAUCAUCACUCCAUUCAUAUGGAAUCAUUAACUGUAAGAGAACGUAUAUUAGGUAAACGCCAUCCAGACCUGCCACAGCCAAUUGUAUACAGAGGUGCAGUUUUUGCCGACCAGGAGAGGUUCGAUAUGUGUUGUAAUUUAUGGAAUUAUGCAAUUGAUUUACGAAUGGCUACUGAUCUAUCAGUCGAAAGGGAUUUGCUGAGAUUUGCUCAACUCUUUUCACAAAUGGUACGAUUGGAACAGAAUUUAGACAUUUGUGUUGCUAUAUCAGUGUUAUCCAAGUGCCAACAAGAAAUUGCAAAUAACCAACGAAAAAUGGCAAAUCCUGGACCUAAAGAUAGUGUUCCACGAAUACUUGAUGAAUAUGAUUCAAAUAUUAUCACUGCCCUUUAUCUCAUAAAAAUAAUCACAAUUCUACUUAAUAACAAAACACGUGUUGGAAUUCAACAAGUUGAAUUAUUGUAUACGUCAAUUUCGAAUCUAAUUCGAAUGAAUGCAAAGAUUAGAGAUGGACAGACUUUAUUGCAUAGAGCUGUUAAUGGAGUUACACCACCUGAUGAUUUUUAUACCAACGAAAUUUGUAGAUUCCCUUGUUACAAAACAGCUUUAUUGUUAGUUCAUGUUGGCGCACCUGUCAAUGCUGAAGAUCUUGAAAGAAAUACACCUUUACACGUAUUAAUAUCAAGUAUUCGUCGUGAUAAUACUCUAGUUAUAAAUCAGGCUGAAAAAAUCAUCAAACUUUUCACAGAGGCUGGCGCACACUUGGACGCUGUCAAUUCACUUGGACUCACACCUGCACAAUUAGCUUCAGUUUCCUCCCUCAGUAAUAUGAUGGCGAUAUACCAAAACAAAUCCAUCACCCUCAAGUGUCUUGCAGCGCGGAGUAUUGCCUUUUAUAAGCUCAAAUAUAAAAACAAUAUACCAAAAAGUCUUGAAAAUUUCAUACAAAUCCAUAGUGCAGAUAAACCAGAAGUUUGAUUAAAGGCUGUUUUUUUUUUCAAAAAUAAAAAAUUAAAUCUAGGAGUGAUUUUCAAUGCAAAGAGCUGUGAAUUUGUGUUAAACAUAAAAACAUACAUAAUAAUGUAAUUAUAUACUUUUUGUUCUAACGAUAAAUGUCUUCAUAGUUUGUAAAUAUGUAAUGACAAAACGAUAAGAAAAAAAAAAAAAAAACUUACGAAAUUAAGUCUAAAGAGUAAAGCUUAAAGAGAGAGAGAGGGAGAGAGAAAAGAUAAAGCUUGUGUCUUAUGCAUUAAUGUAUCCAAUAACCCUAGAUUCUCGAUAUUUAAAAAAAAAAAACGAAUUUAUUUAUUAUUAUUAUUUUUUUAUACAAUUUAUCACACAUUAUUUAUUUUUUAUACGACAAUGAUGUAAAUUUGUUUUAAUUUUUAAAUUUUAUAAUUGAGAGCACUCAUUACGAUAAAAAUACUAACUUAUUACUUCUAUGAUGAAUACCACUAAGAACUGAUAUUGCUGGCAUAUUAUAACAAAAACUAAUAAGAAUACACUUUUAUAUUGUAUUGAGCUUAUACUAUAUUGUAUAGUAAUAAAAAAAAAAAAUACAUAAAUGCAAAAGAAAUAUGU